GUCAGUCCCCCCCCCCUGUGCACAGCUUUCAAAACAAUGUGGAUUUUUCAGCAUUUGUGAUUUUUGGUUAUUUUAAGAAACACAAAAUAAAAUGGGUCUAACAAAGCAGUAUUUACGGUAUGCUCCAAGUGGUACCUUUAAUAUUAUUGCCAGUCCUGAUUGCAAUAGCGCACACGUAUCAUUAAAUGGAAUCAGUGGAAGAUAUGUUGCGGUUGGUGCGUGUGAGCAUGUUAUUAUUUGGGAUAUGAGAAUAGGAGAAAAGGCUCAAGUAAUUCCUGGAGAAAAUGUGGUCGUAUCACAAAUAGCUGCCAGUCCGACAGGCAACCACAUGGCAGUAGGCUAUGUUGAUGGCAACAUAAAUGUAUUUGAGUUGACUAACAAUGAAAUUGUAUGUGUCUUUGCUGGUCACAAGUCUUCCGUUACAAGUUUGCAAUAUGACGAACAGGGGCACAGGAUUGUUUCUGGAUCUAAGGAUACUGAAGUAAUUCUCUGGGAUGUGGUGUCAGAAACUGGUGUUGCUCGAUUCAGUGGACAUAAAGGUGCAAUAACAAGUGUACUGUUUAUUAAUGGCAAAAACUGUAUAGUUAGUUCAUCAAAGGAUACAUUUGUCAAGUUCUGGGAUAUUGAAACUAAGCACUGUUUUAAAACAUUAGGAGGACAUCAAGUAGAGGUGUGGUCAGCAGUAUUAUUAAAAGAAGAGAGAUAUUUAGUAACUGGCAGCAUGGAUCAAGAGUUACGUGUGUGGAAAUUGAACUGGACAGAUAAGAUGAAAGAGGAAGAUAAAUUAGUACAACAGCUUGAAAUAGUGAAGAUUGAAGAAACAGAUAAUACUGAUGAUACUUCCGUUUUGCAAUGUCAUCAAGUUGGCACAUUAGUACGCGGUGGUAGGGGACGAGUGGUGGGACUCUGUACGGACCCCGGACAGACUGUACUUGGCUGUUUUGGCACAGACUCACUAUUAGAGUUGUUUAUCUUCUGCUCCGAUGAAGAAGCGAAAGCGAGGAUGACUAAACGAGUUAAGAAGCAGAGGAAGAAACUUGUUAAACUGAAAGAAAAUGGCGAGGCUGACGAGGAUACUGUGGAAGUGAAGGAGCUGCUGACAUUAUCCGACGAGGUGAAGCGACUGACAUCAGUUAAAUUGUCAGCUAAGAUGAAGUCGGCUAGCUUGCUGCUUGGUACGACGGGCGAGCUGCGAGUGGCCGUCACUUUAGCUAACAAUACAGUUGAAAUGCAUAGCAUGAAACUAGGAGAGGAAAAUGAAGUGAAAUGUUUGAAACAAAUAACGCAGCCGGGACACCAGAAGGAGCCGCGCUGCGUCGCCAUCAGUUCGGACAACCUCGCCAUCAUUUCCGGAGCCGCUGAUUCUAUUAAACUGUGGAACCGUACAAGUCAGGCGUGCAUCCGGACUAUCCCAGUGGCGUGCCGCGGAUGCUACACGGGCGGUGCGGAUAAGACAGUGAAGUUAUGGCAAUUCGAGCUCAUACCGGACCCUACUGGAGACUCCAAGGCGAAGGUUCUCUCCCUCCUCCAUACAAGGACGUUGGAGUUGGAGGAGGCGGUGUGUGCAGUGAAAGUCAGCCCUAACAAUAAGUUUAUUGCAGUCGGAUUAAUGGAUUCCACUGUCAAAAUAUUCUUUCUUGACACUUUCAAGUUCUAUCUAUCUUUAUACGGUCAUAAAUUGCCUGUGCUGUGCUUGGACAUAAGCUACGAUUCCACUCUGAUAGCGACGGGUUCCGGCGACCGCAAUGUUAAGAUCUGGGGCAUGGACUUCGGAGACUGCCACAAGUCGAUAUUCGCUCACAACGACUCCGUGACCGCGCUGCAGUUCGUGCCCUCCACACAUUACUUCUUCACAGCCUCUAAAGAUGGAAAAAUAAAGCAAUGGGAUGCGGAUACAUAUGAAAAUAUCAUCACAUUGAAUGUAAGUAUUUGUGUAAAUGUUUGCGUUAAGUUAUUUUUUUCGAGUAACAAGAUACUUUAUAGUUGUGAUCUAGAAGAGGCAUUGCUGCUUCUCCCGCUGAGCGCGGCGGGCGAGAUGGUGCGGCUGAUGGGUGCGUUGCUGGCGCGCGCGGGCGGCCAGCACGCCGAGCUGGUCGCGCGCGCCGCCUGCUUCCUGCUGCGCGUGCACCGCGCGCCGCUGCUCGCCGACACCGACCUGCUCAAACACCUCAUACAGAUACAGGCGCGCGCGCACAUGCGCAUCAAUGAACUCAGAGACAUGGUGGGUUACAACCUGCACGCGCUGCAGUGGGCGCGGCGCGAGGCGGAGGCGGCGCGCAGCGAGCAGCUGUUCUUGGCGGCGGCGGGCGAGCGCCGCGCGCGACACGCCCGCACCAAACAACGACACGCACUCAAGAGACCUAUUGUUACUAUCACUUAGAUACUAAAUAUACUCUUUAAGCAG